AGAAUGGUUGAGGCCGGCGGCGCGGAUAGUCACCCGGGGAUCGUCUUGGUAGCGAGCCAAUGAGGAGUAAGGUGAGCUUAUUAAAGGGAGAUCGAUGAUUAAUCCCGGGUCGCGAAUCCAAUGGCCAAAGCCUCGGCCCAGGGUGUGGGGCCGCUCUCGGGGGCGCAACUGGAGCGCGUUCCCAAUCCGGCCGCGUGGGGCUUCGGUUCACGACGGGGCGGCCGCGAGCGAACGAACCUGAUCGCCGGCAGUCGCUGCCGAGAGUCGCCAUGAACGCCUCCGAGUCCCAGCAGAAGCUGCUGAGCAGCGCUGAGGGCUCCCAACAGUCUCUGGGCCCCACGAGCGAGUACAUCCUCGGGCCCGUGGAGAAGCACUUCCCGCUGAGCGCCGAGCGAGGCGACUGCGCGACGGUGCGUCGGCUCCUCGAGGAGAACCGCGAUCAUCCGGAGAUACUCAACAUCGACUGUGUGGAUCCCCUUAACCGAUCGGCCCUCAUCGCCGCCAUCGAGAACGAGAACAUCGACCUGAUACUGCUGCUCCUCGAGCUCGGCAUACAAGUCAAGGAUGCGCUGCUCCACGCCAUUAAGGAGGAGUAUGUCGAGGCCGUGGAGAUACUGCUCGAGCAGGAGGAGAAGAUACACCAGCCGGGCCGGCCUUACAGUUGGGAGGCGGUGGACCGCUCGGCCUCAAACUUCACCCCCGACAUAACACCCCUGAUCCUCGCUGCCCACAUGAACAACUACGAGAUAAUAAAAAUCCUGCUCGAUCGGGGCGCUACACUGCCGACGCCUCACGACGUACGCUGCGGCUGCGACGAGUGCGUCACCUCCAGCGAUCAGGACUCUCUGCGCCACUCCCAGUCGAGGAUCAACGCUUACAAGGCCCUUACCUCGUCCUCCCUCAUCGCCCUCUCCUCCAGGGACCCGCUGCUCACCGCGUUCGAGCUCUCCUGGGAGCUGCGCAGGCUCAGCCGCAUGGAGCAGGAGUUCUGCUCCGAGUACAACGAGAUGCGCGAGAACGUGCAGGUGUUCGCGACCUCGCUGCUGGACCAUGCGCGCACCUCCCACGAGCUCGAGGUCAUGCUCAACUACAAUCCGACGGGGGAAAACUGGGAGCCCGGUGAGCGACAGACCCUCGAGCGACUCAAGCUCGCUAUCAAGUACAAGCAGAAGCAAUUCGUUGCCCAUCCGAACGUCCAGCAACUGCUCGCCGCCAUCUGGUACGACGGUCUGCCCGGCUUCCGCAGACUCAGUAUGAUAGGCCAGCUGAUCGAGGUCGCCAAGCUGGGCGCCCAAUUCCCCGUCUACAGCACCAUCUACAUGCUCGCCCCGAACUCUACCAAGGCUCUCUUCAUGAAAAAGCCAUUCGUCAAGUUCAUCUGCCACUCGUCCUCUUACGCCGUCUUCCUCAUGCUGCUGGGCGCGGCCUCGCAGCGCGUCGAGUACCUCGCGAUCGAGCUCUUCGGCAACGCCUGGAUGAAGGAGAUGUUGGCAGGAUGGAAACGCAGAGAGCGCGGCUGCAUCCCCGGAUUCGUCGAGUCCGGCGUCAUUCUAUACGUCUUCAGUUUAGUUGUUGGGGAAAUAAGGUCUCUGUGGGCCGAUGGAUUACUGGAAUACAUUUCAGACUUGUGGAAUAUAGUUGACUUCAUUCAGAAUACGUUUUACGUCAUUUGGAUAAGUAUGAGAGUAACCGCAUGGGUAAUCGUUACGAGAGAAUAUUGGAGUGGAGAAGAUCCUUGGUAUCCUAGAGAUCAUUGGGACGACUUCGAGCCAAUGCUAUUGUCGGAGGGAGCAUUUGCAGCCGGAAUGAUCUUCAGUUUUCUCAAGCUCGUGCACAUAUUCAGCGUCAAUCCUCAUCUCGGACCGCUUCAAAUCUCACUCGGCCGAAUGAUCAUCGAUAUCAUCAAGUUCUUUUUUAUCUACACUCUCGUCCUCUUUGCAUUUGGUUGUGGUAUGAAUCAGCUACUUUGGUACUAUGCCGAUCUCGAAAAGAAUAAGUGCUACCAUUCGCCGAACGGCUUACCGGAUUUCGAUAAUAAUGAAAAAGCCUGCUCGACCUGGAGAAGAUUCGCUAAUCUCUUCGAGACGUCGCAGUCACUUUUUUGGGCGAGCUUCGGUAUGGUGGACCUCAUGUCAUUCGACCUCACCGGCAUCAAAAGCUUCACCCGAUUCUGGGCUCUGCUCAUGUUCGGCUCCUACUCCGUCAUCAACAUCAUUGUGCUGCUCAAUAUGCUUAUCGCCAUGAUGUCGAACUCUUAUCAAAUCAUUUCGGAAAGAGCAGACACCGAGUGGAAAUUUGCUCGGAGUCACCUGUGGAUGAGCUACUUCGAAGACGGCGACACGGUACCACCUCCCUUCAACAUGAUACCAACGGCCAAGACCUUCGACAGGAUCAUCAAGUGCGGAAAGUCGGGCAGGCCAACGAGAUCCGUAAUUAAAAAGUCACGGGAGAAGGCAAAGGAUCGUCACGAAACAGUGAUGCGACUCCUGAUACGUCGUUACGUCACGGCCGAGCAAAGCAAGACCGACGACUAUGGUAUUACGGAGGACGACGUGAUGGAGAUUAGACAGGACAUAUCGACCUUGAGGUACGAGCUCAUCGAGAUCCUGAGGCAGAACGGCAUGCAGACGCCCAACGUUGACAAGAUGGAGACAUCCCUGUCGGGCAAGAAAGGCCGGGUGAUGGAACGUCGCCUGCAGAAGGACUUCCAGAUCGGCAUCGUCGAGGGUAUCGUGAGCUCGGUGAUCCAAAGCGAGAAGGAGCCGAAGGACGUGUUUACCCAGAUCGCCAAGGCCAUCGGCCGAAAGAGCAGCAGCGGCAGCAAGAAAAAGGACUGGAACGCGGUCGUGCGCCAGAACACGGUCGCCCGGGAUCCCAUAGGCAGCUCCAACGAGGCCGUCGACAAGCAGCACCGGCGCAGUUUACGUCGUCAUCUACAACACCAGGGCGACUCGGCCCUCGCCUCCCUCGAUCCCCAACGCAUCCUCGAGUACAAUCCCAACCUAUCCGAGGUGUCGGCCACCACGCGAGUAGCCUACGCCAAGUUUAUGCUCAGGCGAACGUUGCCCAAGGACGAGGCGGAGACCGAGGGCGAAGUCGCUACAGCAGUCGAAAGCGACAAAAAGUCCCAUCGAUCCAGUCAGCGUGUGGCGAUCACGGAGCCGGCCAAGAUCGAGCGUCCGGCAGCCUCAGCAGCCCGGACCUUCAGCGUCUUGAGCAAGAAGUCGUUGAGCAGAAGCGGUAGCGGGGAGAAGCAGUCCUCGACGACACAGAGCCGGCCCAGCCUCGAGGCUAAGCCGUCGACGGAGACGCGCGCGCCCUCGCCCAUCGCCGAGGAGCCGCACGAGGAGCCGAAGCCGCCGGCGCUUCCUGCGCGACAAUCCUCACUGGCGCGCAAUUCCUCGAUCAAGCCUGCGAUGAGUCCCCCGAAGAAGGAGGAGGAGAAGCAGGUCCCGGUACAAUCCAAGAAGCUGGAGCAGAUGCCCAUGGCGGCGCCUCAGCCGCCAAAGGAUGACGCACCCUCCGGGACCAAACAGCGGGGCAAGUCGAAGGCCACGGGGCAGAUAGUCGGGGGCUGGAUCUGA